ACGCCGAGGUACUCAGAGCUACCACAUGAAACCCAAGAAAAUUACGGUGGGAUUAGUGUUAUUCGUUGUCUCUCGCUUGAUUUGGUGUGCGGCAAUAUGGAGGAUCCAAGGGUGAGGGGUUGAGUGCGGUGUAGUGGGGUAGUUUGGUGGAUAGCAGUGUCGCCCCCCCUGUGGAUCCAUGUUCAGUCAGUUCAGUGUGAGCUCUGCGCUCCUGAGUAAUAUCUAACCUAUAUUAUGGUUAAAAAUGCGUAGUGUUAAAGAAAAAAAAAGUUGUAGAUUCCAAAGUGUAAAGUUGUUAUACAGAAGACGGCAUAACGACGAGAAAAUAGAAGGGAAGACAGUUUAGGGGGAUAAAUUGAGUUUAGUUGGCCCUACGUAAACGUAAUACAUAGUGCAGAUCUGUGAGAAACCCAUGAAAAUGGCGAGUUGUCAGUCGUAUUGGUGCACCAGGAAAAAUGGUUCGGAAAACUAUCAGUAGUUAAUAAAUAUAAGAAAUUGUAAAAAGAGUACAGGAAGUUCCAGAGAAGAAGCAGAAAUGGCAUCUGAGGCAUCAUCCUUGGAUAGUGCUGUUAGCAGUGAUGGGGCACUUCAUAUGGAACGGGAUAAUGGAGGAUACAGCAGUGUUGAAAGUGCAGUAGGUGGUCCCGAUUGUCGUAAUGACUAUGAUGGCUUGCAACGUGACCAAACAUUGCACCCAAUGCUCAUUAGACAUAAGCACUCGGAUUCAAUGAGACGAUGUGAUCACACUAUGAAAGAAUUGGACUACUACUGCGGGCAGCAUAUUGUUGCAAUGAAUCAACUGGAGGCAACGUCACAAGAGAGCUCAGCUCUGCUGGGGACAUAUGGUGAUCUUGUCAGUGAUAAGCAACGAUUGGAUCGUGAAGUUCAGGCUCUACAAAAAGAGGUAUCAGAAUUGAGGUGCCAAAAUCAAGACGUACUCGUUACUAAUAGUGGCAACAGUGAUACUAUUAAUCAACGUUAUCUGUCAGCUCUGAGGAAAUAUAAAGCUAUUGAGGAUGAGUAUGAUUCGCUUAAAAAAAGAUAUGAUGAUUUGUUGUCUUCCCAUUCAUCCGCUGUUAAUAAGUUGGAGUUGGCACAUGAAGAGGCAGCACGGUUUAAAAAACAAUAUGAAGAGGCACUGCAAGAAAGAAAUGCAGCAUUUAGAGAGAAAAAUGGAUUGAAACAGCAGUGUACAUCGGCGAUAAGACAAUGGGAUAUAGCAAUGCGAGAACGAAAUGAAUAUCGCGAGGCAUUAUCAAAAGUUCAGCAACAACACGAAGAUGCUGUGAAGGAAAUUAAUCAAGCAAUGAUGUUGCGGAUGAAAACCAGCAAAGAUAUAAAACGAUUGACAGAAGAACGGAAUGCAGCACUUCAUGAGUAUACUUUAAUAAUGGGGGAACGUGAUACAGUUCAUAAGGAAAUGGAAAAAUUGGGUGAUGAUCUAGCCCAGGCAUAUGCUAAAAUAACUCAAUUGGAAAAUCAAAAUAAAACAUUGGGUGAUGGGAAAAAAACAUUAUCGUAUCAGAUUGAGACGUUGCGUCGUGAGAUAUCGUCUGCCCUCUUAGAUCGGGAUGAAGCAUUUAAGGAGUGUAAUGUCUUGCGUCAAAAAUUUGGUGAUUAUUCAGAGGUUGCUAGUAGAGAUUAUCAAAAUCGAUUAGAAAUACAUUCGUACAAUCGUGAACGGAUCAAUUCAUCGAAGGAAACUGAGUGUGAAGUCAAUACUCGAGACUAUUCGAAACGCGAAAAAGAGACGAUGGAUGAUUUGGAUCAGGCGAAUUUGGAGAUUGACAGGCUUAGAAAACAAGUUGAAGCUCUUCAGGGGGAACUGGAGGAAGCCAUUCAAGAAGCAGAAGUAUCAAAACGUCGUCGUGAUUGGGCGUUCAGUGAGCGUGAUAAAAUAGUACUGGAGAGAGAGGCUCUGAGAUCAAAUUGCGAUAGAUUGAGAAAAGAGAGAGAUAGGGCAGUUUCAGAAUUCGCAAGUGCUAUUAGAGAUUCUGAUGACAUUAAGAGACAAAGGAAUGAAGCUUCGAAGGAACUUAAAGAUCUCAAAGAGAUGAUUGAGAGUGAUUUAUUAACACGAUCGAGUAUUUAUGGCCAUCAUGAAGAUAAUUCCAAUGAAUGGGAUGUAAUAACAAUUCACUUGGAUCUCAGUAGAUUGUGUCAAGAUGGUGAUCGUGAUUUGGGUUUGAUUUUAAUUGGAGGACGUCAAGAUCCUUAUUUUCCAAAUGAUACUGGUGUUUAUGUUGCGCAGAUCAAUGAGGGAAGUAUUGUUAGUGGAAAAUUGAGAGUAAAUGACUGUAUAAUUCGUGUGAACAAUGUAGACUGCACGUCAGUAUCAACUGGAAUGAUUCUUGAAACACUUCGUGCAUGCACACUUGGUUCGGCCACAGUUACGGUUCGUCGUAAACGAUCAACACGAAGAUAUUUGAGAACAACUCAAUUACCUAUUGGUGAUACUAUACCUCAUGGUAUUGCCUUGGAACUUGGUAUUUAUAUAUCAAAAAUAUCUCCCGGUAGUUCAGCAGCUAAAGAUGGUAAUUUAUCAGUUGGUGAUCGUGUAUUGAAUAUCAAUAGUAAACCAAUGGAUAGUGUCACAUCAGGUCAUGAAGCAAUGAGCUUACUCAAUGAUUCUAUUGCUGAUGUUUUAACAAUAACAACGCUCAAAGGAAUUCCCCUGUCAUUAGCUUCGAGUUCCGAAACAAUGCCCGAUACUGGUAUGAUUUAUGGAACCGAUACCAAAACUCAAAAAAUGAUAAACAAUUGUUCACAAACCGAGCAAGAACGUCUGAUGUUAAAAGCAACAUCUGAUGAUUAUGAACGCCGGUACAUGGCAUCUAAUUUCAAUGAAAGAAGUAUUUAUAAAGUAUCGAAAUCUGUAAGUGGUGAAAAACCGAGUGGUAUCAGUCACGCGUGGGAUAAUAUUCGUGAAAAAAUUGAUAUUGUUAGAGGUAGAAGACACAGUAAAGAUCGUGAUGUUGAUAAGAAAAAAAGACAUAGAAAUUCUAGCCCAAAUACAUUUGAGCAGGAGCAAGAUGCAAUAGCAGAAUUGGAUUCAGUUAUUGAAAGUUAUCAUCAGAAGAAGACUACUAUGAUAACAACAGCAACGACAUCAGCAGCAGCAACAAUGACAAUGUCAGCUGCAACAGCAACUUCAGCAGCAGCCUUACCAGCAUCAACAAACAUAACUACAAAUAGUGUACUGAAGAGAAAUAAAUUGCGAGCUACUGAAAAAAUGGAAAAAGAUGGUGGUACAUGGCCAAAAGUUCGAGGAGGCCCUCUUAUUCAAAAUGGCACUGGAACAAUUUUACAUCCGCGAAAAACAAAGGAGAGAUUACCACUGAGUGUUCUUAUUAAUCAUCCACCGAAAUACGAAAGCUAUAACUACAAUAGAAUAUCGAAUCCAAUUCCUUUGGGUAAUUUUUCAAAUGUAAGCAAUCGUCAUACUGUUUAUAAAGCUAUGGAAAGCCCAGUGUCAUUCAGUAAAUCAGGUCAACUAUUUGGACAAAAAUCAUUUACACCUGUUGUAAUUCAAUUCAAGGAUAUUGCAACAUUGGAGAAAAAACCAGCGAGUGCUGAAUUCGAGCCAGUUGAGCCAGGACGUUUGAGUUCAAGUCAAGCACCAUCGGAGAGCAGUAUAGAUUAUUCAAUUAAAUCAGCCAAUAAUGAUUAUAACGGGCAUCCGCAAAAAAGACGCCUCAGACAGUAUGGAAGUAAUGAAAGCCAACCAGACCAAAGUACACUACAACAUAAUCGGGCUCAUUCACAACUCUAUCCACUUGCUUUAUCGGCAACAUUGAGCAAUACAUCUGGCUCAUCAUCAACAGCUCCAAGACAACAACAAUUGUCUGGUAAUUUUUCAUUUCCCCCUUAUACCACACACUCACAUCCACAUCCUCAUCAACAAAAUUCCUUACCUUCACGUUACCCCUCACCUCCAUCACUACCUCUACCUCUGGGAUUACAGUCAGGUGAGCCCAUUGGACUCUCCGAUCGUUCUUGGUGUUUCGAGCCCCCUUACAACCACUCUGGUCACAACCAAACAUUUGGCCACUUGCACACACCCUCUGUAGACUCACCUUAUCAAAAAUUGAGAGGACAUCCAGUUGGGGCUGGUUACGAUGUACCCAGUACCUAUACACCACCAGGUUAUUGGUAUGAAGGUGGUACAUUUCCACGAAAAAAGGAAAAUCAGAGGUUUAGGAUACCAUCGAAUCCAAGUGUUGUUUCUAAGAAUAGUGUUGGAAAACUUUCAACGGGAAGCAUUGAGAGAACAUCUGAAAGGGGUAGUCCAAUGUCAAAUAAUUUUAGGCUCGAAGUACUGAGCUCUAGAACUGGUAUGACAAGCCCUGGGGAUGAUACUUUUACUCCAUUACCUGGAGAAAUUAGAAGAUUAAAAAUUGAUAAAUCCGUUGAACCUCUGGGAAUACGAAUUUUUUGCCUUGAAAAAAAGGGAGUCUUCGUUUCAGCUGUCAGUGAAAAUUCACUGGCUAGCAAAGUUGGUUUGCAGAUUGGCGAUCAAUUACUAGAUGUUUGCGGCAUCAAUCUUAGAACUGCUGAUUAUCCCAGUGCUGCCAAAGUACUCAGGGAUGCACGUACUGGUGCUAUUACAAUGCAAGUCCAGUACAAUCCACAUAAAUACAAUGAGCUCCAAGGCACAGGUUCAUCAAGUUCUCCGGAACCUUGUGUAGGUGCUGGUGGAAGUCACAGUGGCUCACCAACUCCAUGCAACAGUCCUGAAGUACCAAGGAAAUCAAGCCUCGAGCAUCAUGAAGCUACCGAACCAGAAAGAGACGGAGCAACAGCAACAACAACAACAACAACGACGACAACCACAUCGGGUAAGACAACCCUGACUCUACCACCAGCGAUUCGUGAACGAGAGGUGAGAGCUUCAGCUUCCAUGGAGGUGCGCGAUACCCAAGAACGGGCGAGGGAAAUUCGUAAUUCAGCAUCACUUGAUAUAAAUAUUAGGAAACCAGAGCUCAGAAAUUCCGCAACUAUAGAUUCUAUAAGGGGUGUAUCCUCGUUAACACGAGCUCAAAUGAAUCAAGCGGUUACAACAUUGCAGCGUCAAAAUGCAACAGUUCGUAGUCCCACACAAGAGGAGCAAAGUAGAAAAAGUCCUCCUACAAUCGAGCCACGAUAUCUAUUUAUCGAAACUCGUAAAUGCUCAAAUUUAGGUAUAUCUUUGGUGGGUGGUAAUGGUGUUGGAAUUUUUGUUCAUUCUGUUCAACCUGGGUGCUUGGCUGAAGAUGCAGGAUUGAGAUCAGGUGAUAGAAUACUUGAAUAUAAUGGUGUUGAUUUAAGACAAGCAACAGCAGAACAGGCAGCUUUGGAACUAGCUAGACCUGCUGAUAAAGUAACCCUAGUUGCUCAAUACAUGCCAGAACGUUACAAUGAAGUCAAAGAUAAACCUGGUGAUAGUUUUUAUGUAAAAGCUAUGUUUGAUCGUGUCGGUGAAGUUGGAGACAGUUUGCAAUUACGGUUUAAUAAAGACGAUGUACUUUAUGUUGAUAAUACAAUGUUCAAUGGUACACCGGGACACUGGAGAGCAUGGCUGGUGGAUCAGGCUGGUAGACGCCAGCAAUGUGGAAUUAUACCAUCAAAAUUUAAAAUCGAAGAAGAGUUACUGUUGAGAAGGUCCCUUGGGGAUUUGGAGACAGAUACUGGAAAGCGUGGAACUACUAGUGCACGAAGGAGCUUCUUUCGACGUAAGAAACAUCAUAGAUCAUCUAGUAGAGAUAGUAAAGAACUCUCGACACUCACGGGAGUCAGUCUUGGUUGGUACAGUGACAGCGGUACAUUGAAUGAGGAAAAUUUGCCAGCCAGUUAUCAACGCGUUGAGAGACUGGAUUAUCCAACAUUGCGACCAGUUUUGAUUAUUGGACCGCUCAGUGAAUGUGUCGCUACUAAACUUUUGCAAGAUUGUCCUGGUGACUUUACAAGGUGCCUUCCUGAAGCCAUGCACUGUUCACAGGCUACCUUAGAGCAAGGAUUGAGAGAUUCUCUUUAUGUGGAUUAUCGCAAAAAAGGGAGUUACUUUGAGUGCACCACUGUUCAAGCCGUCAAAGACGUAUGUGCUAAGAAUUCACACUGUAUUUUGGAUGUAUCAAUAGCGUCGAUUGAACGACUUCAUAGACAUCAGAUAUAUCCAAUCGUGCUCCUGAUUAAAUUUAAAAGUGUCAAGCAAAUUAAGGAAGUCAAAGACUCGAGAUAUCCGAGUGAUAAAAUAAGUGCCAAAGCUGCUAAAGAAAUGCAUGAGCAAUCACUCAAAAUUGAAGCCGAGUACAAACAUCAUAUUUCUGAUAUUAUUCAUGCUGGAGUCAAUGUAGCCUAUAUUUGUACUCAAGUUAAAGCUGCCGUCGAUUGCGAACAGAGUAAGGCAUUAUGGGUACCUCGAGGGCCACCCUGACAUCCAAGGGGGGGCCCUCAUAAACCACAGUGGAAAUCAAUCUAAAUCCACUUGAGGAGCCCUCAUUAUAUUCUAUCAAGAGAGCACUGGCAUUUCCAUUACUGGAUUUUAUUGCUUAAAAUAACUUGAUUCUUUCGAAAAUUCUUCAUUUUUUGAAGCUGAGAAAGGACCUGACAAAAAAUCGUCGAUAUCUAUGGUUAGCAUCCAUACUCAAGUGGUUAUAGGUUGUGUGAUUGUCAUCAGAAUCGAUGAGAGUACCUAUGGGAUACAGUAAAAUACAAUCCGAAUGUGAAUUAUAUGAUUUUUAAAAGGAAAAAGUGAGACAGUUUGAAGACGUCAGAUUUUUGUCUAUUUCGUGAAACAGAAAUAUAAUUCAGGUGAAUUUAUGUAUCACUUUAAUUAGGUAUGUUUGAGUCGUAUACAUGUAUACUAUUUAUGUAAUUAAUUUUAUUCAAUUGAGGGUAGAUGUAAUAUAUGCUUUCUUUCAAUCAAGGAAAUUUCUGUAAGUAACGAUACCUUAUGUAAAAGGAAAACAGUUAGUUUUAUGGCGAGAUCAAUGCCUUUGAACGCGAUUUUUUCUAUUUAUUAUUAUUAACAAGAGCAAUGGAAAAAGAGAGUCUACUUGUUGCUGUGUUUUUAAAAAGAUACAAUUUUCGUGGAACACGAAUAAUGGAUUUUCAUAACUUUCUAAUGAGAGACAAUAUUUAGGCAUAAGUUUAAUCACUGAGACCAAAAAUUAAGAAAAUAAACUGUACAAGUAUGGAGAAAUGUGAAAGAUGUACACUCACUUUGUUAUUUAUCGAUAAAAAUUGCAUAAUUAGAAAAAAAAAUGUUGAAAUCAAAAAGAAGAUGAAAAUGUGAUUAAUGCAUUAAUUUUCCUUUAUUUUUAGAAAUGGGGUAAUGGAGGCAGAUAUAUCGGGAGCAUGUGUGUAUUAUUUUUGUCAGUCAAACAUUAUCUUACAUAGGCAAAAUGAGAAUAAUGGGACCAUUUAUCAAUCCCCUCACAUUAUUUAUGUACAAAAUUCUCACGUAUUCCUUUCAUCAUCUACAUACCUGCUCCCAGUGCAAUGCAAAACGCGUGAAUAAUAAUUCAAUGAAAACGUGAUUUCGAUGUUAUUAUCAAUCACAUCACUGUGAUACAUAAAUACUGCUUCAACAUAUCGUAAGAAUCUUCCCGUUAUUAUAAUUAAUCACGACCAAUCAGUUAUUUAGUAAUAAAUUUUUCUAUCAAUUUACCUAUUUCCCUCUGCAAUACACCAACCAAAACAAUAUUAUACUAUGUAUUCAAAACAAUUAAUUGUACUCUACAAUGAUUUUGGAAAAAUAUUUUCGAUCUAAGCAGUGACUGAAAUAAUUAUAGAUUGAGAUUCAUUUUGUUAUCAAACAAUGUGAAUGUUGAUCAAUCGUUGAUAUAUGCUUUGUCGCUUGGAAAGAGACAAACCAGUUUGGAAUUCACUUCCACACUGACCUACUUGUAUUUGAAAUCCCUUUAAAAGUUAGAGUGGCUACAUAAUCGUUAGCUACGGAGUCAUAAAGAGAGUCGCAGGAGUGCAGGAUUAAUGACUCUUAUUAAGAAUGAAAUGGCUACAUUUUUUUCAAAAUAAAUCUUUGUGCUCUCGCCAAGUGGUGUUAUAAUAUGAAAAUGGAAGGAUACGUAAGUAAUAAUUGCACAAGUUAAUUUUUCUCGUAUGGAAGCAAUACAUAUCGCACCAGAAUUAAAAAUAUAUCAAUCUUGUUACUCUAAAUAAAGGUCAAGGCGUACAUUAUUGUGCACUUCAAUGAUUAAUCAAUAGUAAUUAAUUAAUAAUAAUACAAAAACAUAUAUACAAGAUAUAGUUUAAUAAUUGAACAAAGAUUAAUUACUUUCACCUCCUUCGACUCUACUUUUAUUUAAUAAGUUUUCUUAAUUUUUCUAUAUAACCAUGUUUAUCAUUAAUUGUAAUAGCUCGAGCAGCUGUUUGUCAUAAUUUUAUUGUACUGUCACCCUCCGGGUGAUCAAUCAGACAACACUGAGAAUUUUUUUCAUUUAUUUUGAUGUGCAAUGAGAGAGAGGAAAAGGGAGAACAUAAUACGCAGAUACAAUAGGUAAAUGAGUUCAUUAAUUGGAUUUAUUUCAUUUUUUUUUCUUCGUUGUACAUUGGCAGGGACCAGCAGCAGGCUCUCACAGUAUUAUAUAUAAAUGUUCUUGCUCACUCAAAAUAUAACGUUGUGAUCAUGAUAAAAUGGCAAUUGCAAUUUAUAAGUUAACUAUUUUCAAUCGUUAAUGUUACAAGACGAAAGAGAGAUUAAAUAUUUUCUAAUUGUACACUACAUUAAUAAUGAACAUUGUUUCGUAAUUCAUAAGAUAAUGGCAAAUUGUUCUGAACUAGCUUCUAUAUUUUUUAUGAAAAUAUUGGAUGUUUAAAGUUCGCAAUAAGUAAAGCACUGUCAUGCUGGGUUUCCUAUUUAUCAUUAGUCCAUCAUUGAUAUGAUUAAUAAGAACUAUAAGUGCUCAUCAAUUUUAUAUACUUCGCCACAGCCCUAUUUCAUAUCAGGAUAAUUAUUUAAUAUGUAACAAUCGUACUACUUGAUAUUAUAUGAAUAACGUCAACAAUUUCAAUGAGAUAUAUCUUCAACUUUUCAUCGUAUCAUAUCAAAUUAUGGUAGGAGUUGAGAAACCAAGUUAUGGCUGAGUAAAAGGCAAACGUCGAACCAAAUAAUAAUUGAGUAUCUUUUAAUAUUCUCUCCAGUAAUGGUUCGUUUACCAAAUAUCUCAACUCUCUACUUGUGAAUUUUAUUCCGAUUCAUGAUAAAACGUCAACAAUUCAAAGAAUAAAUAAAUAAAUCAAGUGAAGACACCACUGAAUGAAUGAAACAAACUAAUAAUUCAAUAGUUCCACGAAGUACGUGUGGAAGUUUGUGCGAUAAAGUAAAAAAUAAAUUCUGAUAAACUCGUCGCUAAGUUAUUCAAGUGUAUAUAGUGUUAUUUCAGACGAUAUAUUUCAAUAAACAAUGGGUGGCAUAUAAAUAUAA